UCAAAAUGUCGUCGCUGUGGAACUUUGCAGUUAGGCAUACUCGCCUUUUAUUCAACCGAAACUUUUCCAACUUUAGUAUUCGUGCAAAAGCAAAAGUUCCUCCCAUCCAUAAUGAACCUUUUCUCGAUUAUGCAGUAGGAUCGCCAGAAAGAAUAAACUUGAGAAAAGCUUUGGAAAAGGUCUCCUCUGAAUGUCCCCACAUUCCACUUGUCAUCAACGGAAAAGAAGUAAAAACUGGACAGAUAGGUAAACAACAAAGACCUGAUAAACAUCAACAAACCAUAUGUGAGUUUGAGUACGCUGAUCACGAAAACGUUGAAGCUGCUAUUCGAGGAGCCUUGAAAGCCAAAAAACAUUGGGAAACGAUGCCCAUCGAUGAAAGACUUUCCAUCUUCUUAAAAGCCGCUGAUCUAUUGAGUACUCAAUAUCGAGCAGAAGCUUGUGCUGCUGUCAUGUUGGGACAAGGCAAGACAGUGUGGCAAGCAGAGAUUGAUGCAGCAGUAGAAACCAUCGACUUUUGGAGAUUCGGUUGUAAGUUUGCCGAGGAAAUCUAUAAUAUUCAACCUCCCGAAAACGUAAAGGGAGUUUGGAACAGAGCAGAGCAUAGACCACUGGAAGGUUUUGUAGCUGCCAUUACUCCUUUUAACUUUGUUGCGAUUGCAGCCAAUCUUCCUUCUUCUCCUGCCAUUAUGGGAAAUGUGGCAGUAUGGAAGCCUACGGAAAGUGCCAUGUUAGGAGCUUGGACUAUGUUUAAUAUAUUGAGAGAAGCAGGGCUUCCGGAUGGCGUGAUACAAUUCGUUCCUGCCAAAGCUUCAGAUUUUGCAAAACAAGUUACUCACUCUGAACAUCUUGGUGGAUUACACUUCACAGGCUCCACUGCAGUGUUUGAAGAGCUUCAAAAGAAGAUUGCACAAAACAUGAGUCACUAUCGUAGUUAUCCAAGAGUUGUGGGAGAAACAGGUGGUAAGAAUUUCCACUUUGUUCAUGAGUCUGCCGAUAUCGAAAAUGUGGUUCAUAAUACUAUUCGUGGAGCUUUUGAGUAUCAGGGUCAAAAAUGUUCAGCCACAUCUCGUAUGUACGUACCCAACAAUCUUUGGCCCAGUAUCAGAGAACGACUUGUAGCAGAAGCAAAGACUAUCAAAGUUGGGUCACCUGUUGACUUUACGUCGUUUAUGACUGCAGUUAUACAUGAAAGGUCGUUUGAUAAGAUUCAAUCUUAUAUUCAAAAAGCAAAGGAAAGUUCUUCAUGUAAAAUAUUGUUUGGUGGUCGCUGUGAUAAGAGUGUGGGUUACUUUAUUGAACCCACCAUUAUUGAAACGACGGAUCCAGACUUUGUUACCAUGAAGGAAGAGAUUUUCGGUCCUGUUGUAACUGUUUAUGCUUAUGACCCCAAACAUUAUGUGGAAACGUUGGAAUUAGCAGACUCAAGUUCCAAAUAUGGAUUGACCGCGUCCAUCUUUGCCAAGGAUAGAGAUGCAAUUUCAAAGGCAGAAGAAGUUCUAAGGAAUUCAGCUGGUAACUUUUAUAUCAACGACAAAUGUACUGGUAGUAUUGUAGGUCAACAACCAUUUGGUGGAAGUCGAAAGAGUGGUACCAAUGAUAAGAGUGGAAGUGCUUCCAAUCUCAUGCGCUGGGUAUCGGUUCGUAGUAUCAAAGAAAGCUUUAUUCCUUUAAAGGACUACCGAUAUCCACACAUGGUAUCUGACCAAGCAAAUGAGGAAGUAGCGAAAGCACACUCUGAGUUUGCCUAGUAAAAGUUUGUGAUUUUAUCAAGUUUC